AUGACCCAUUCCGUACUCUGUUAUUGUGUUUGGUUUGUUUGUUUUUUCUGUCUUUCCAUCCAUUCUCGACACCCUCUCUCCCGCCGCCUAUCCUCUCUCCCGUCGCCUAUAUUUUCUCCCGUCGCCCUCCCGUUUCCCGUCGCCCUCCCGUUUCCCGUCGCCCUCGCGUUUCCCGUCGCCCUCCCGUUUCCCGUCGCCCUCCCGUUUCCCGUCGCCCUCCCUUCUUCCGUCGCCCUCCCUUUUCCCGUCGCCCUCGCGUUUCCCGUCGUCCUCCCAUUUCCCGUCGCCCUCCCGUUUCCCGUCGCCCUCCCGUUUCCCGUCGCCCUCCCGUUUCCCGUCGCCCUCGCGUAUCCCGUCGCCCUCCCGUUUCCCGUCGCCCUCCCGUUUCCCGUCGCCCUCCCGUUUCCCGUCGCCCUCCCGUUUCCCGUCGCCCUCCCUCUUUCUCUUCAUUCGCGCCUCAAGUCCAAGGCAGCACAUUGA